AUGUCCACCGGCCUGGAUGACAUUGCUUUAUUAAACCUUAAGCAGUACCAAUUUGACAUUCUGCUAAAAGCUGUGGGAGAUACCCCAAUAAUGAAAACAAAGAAGUGGGCAGUGGAGCGCACCAGAACAAUCCAGGGUCUAAUCGAUUUCAUCAAAAAGUUCCUCAAACUGGUGGCUUCGGAACAGUUGUUUAUAUAUGUGAAUCAGUCUUUCGUUCCUUCCCCAGACCAAGAAGUUGGAACUCUCUAUGAGUGUUUUGGAAGUGAUGGUAAACUUGUCCUGCAUUACUGCAAAUCUCAGGCCUGGGGAUGAGCUGUAAAUGACACGAACCACUUGCAGAUAAGGGUGGAUCUUCAAAACGGGAAUUGGAGUGCCGAUAAGCUUUGAUGACUGCAACCGUGGACAUAAUGGAGACGCUUAUGGUUCUGAUGAUGGGUACCACUCUGCAAUCUCUACAAAAAAUCAGUGUGCGUGCGUAAGAGCACUUGAGGACAAAGACAUUGUAUACCACUCUGUCGUGCAUUUAAUUACCCAGAGUGUCGAGAGAAUACCUUCACCUCCGUAAUGCUGCAGAGCUUCUCAAUUGCUGUUUUCAGACUGAGUAUUGCCUUUUCCGGUGACUUUCCGUGUCGCGCCGAGACCCUUACAUUCCCUUUGUUUCCGCGGAGUAUUUUUCCCCCUUGUCCGAGUGAAAUUCAGAUCCCUCUGGCAGUCGGAGUUCUUCGGCUCGUAUCUGGUUUGGUCUGCGUCUGCUGCGUCUGUACAGCGGCUGCCCGGAGAGGCGAAUGGCUGCUGCCCCUACGUGCAGCCUGCGUGCCCGAACCAGAAGAAGGCAGGCCGGCGGGCAAAAAAAAAAAGUAGAAGUGGAAAUCAGGAGACCGUGAUUGUGGUGCAUGAGCUUAAUCAAGUCUGUUUAAUUAGCCCUCACAGAGCCGAAAUUACCCAAGAGAAACGAUGGAAAAAGCCACUUGUCCGUCCACCCCGGAUCUUGGCUCAAAGGGGUAGGAUUCGGCGGAGCAGAGGCGGCCCAUGAGUACCCGGACAUUAGCAGCCCUACUUAACGAGUGCUGUCUACGGUACCAAAAUACCCUGGGUAGUUGCUUGCCUAAACACCCCAGGUGAGCGGGCGAGUGACUAUUUGGGGAUUUUCAACUUUAGUUGAUUUAGUUGGCUCCUAUCCGAGAACCUUGGGGACCUGAUGCUGUGUUGUUAAAGGGUGCUCUUUUUUUAGAUAAAUUAAUCGUUCGCGUCUCUCUACUCUCAUUUAAGGCUUACGGAACAGCGACGGUGUAUUCUCUAUCAGCUUCUGUUCGGGGGUCGAGUACUUUAUGCAUAUGAUCGCAUUACUCCUGGCAGCAUCCUCGAGAUAUUAAAAUGCAUCCUUAGUAACUUUAGGAAGUCAACCAGUGGUAUUUAUUGAGCGCUUACUGUGUGCAGGGCACCCUAUUAAAGAAAUCUUCAGAACUGACCGA